UAUAUCAACAAUAGAACUGAGGCCUUUGCCGUAUAGUACUUAUCAAACACAAACAGGGUCCUUGGCACUUGAUACACGACUUGACACUGGUCAAAUAGCACCUAAUCUAACUGCAUAUAGGUAUCCAUUCGAUAUGCAUGAUCGAUUCUGGUACAGUCAUAGCCGAGAAGAUUGGACACAAUUAAGUACCGCAUCGACCAUUGACCUCAAUCAAAACGACUUUUACCAGCCAGCAUCUGAUGUUAUGCGUACUGCUGCCACGCCGAAACUUGCAACUGAUGACUUGAGUUUCUUCUGGCUGCCUGCUUAUAAAAAUGCAGAAUAUUAUGUUUACAUGCACUUUGCAGAAAUUGAAGAACUCUCAGCUAACCAGUCUAGACAGCUUGAAAUUACCAUGAACGGAGAACUGUUUUAUGGACCAUUUGCUCCUGGUUACUUGAAGACAUUUACUGUUUGGAGCACUAAGGCAAUGAGUGGAGGACAAUACAACUUUUCAGUCAUAAAGGGAGCUGGCAACUCUGACCUUCAACCUAUCCUUAAUGCCAUCGAGAUUUAUACAGUAAAAGAAUUCUCAGAACAAGAAACAAACCAAGAUGAUGUUAACGCAAUCACAAAUAUCAAAGUAGCAUAUAAAAUUGAGAAGAAUUGGCAAGGAGAUCCAUGUUUCCCAAAGAAUUACUCAUGGAAAGGUCUCAACUGUAGCUAUUCUCCAAAUGAUUCACCGAGAAUCAUAUACUUGGACUUGUCAUCGAGUGGAUUAACAGGGGAAAUAGAUGCUUCUAUAUCCAAUCUCGCAAUGAUACAGACUUUGGACUUAUCUAACAACAACUUAACAGGACCAAUUCCGGACUUCUUGUCUCAAAUGUCAAAUUUAAAUGUCAUAAACUUGGAGAACAACAAGCUCACAGGCUCAGUUCCAAAUGAACUUACUGAAAGAGCAAAAAAUGGUUUACUAUCAUUAAGUUUGUGCGACAAUCCAAAUCUAUCUGGAAAUGUUUCUUGCAAAAAAAAGAAGAAGCAGAGUUUCGUUAUUCCCAUAAUAGGGUCAAUCAUCGGAAUUUCAAUCCUCUUAUCAAUUGUAGCAAUUAUCUUCUGGCGCCUGAAAAGGAAAAGACAGAAUGGAGCUGUCGUAGGGGCACAACCCCGCAGUGGGUCAGUGGAACUUGAGCCAACACAACGACAGUUCACAUACUCAGAGAUCCUCAAGAUCACUAACAAUAGACAAAGGAUUCUUGGAAAAGGUGGAUUUGGAACUGUUUAUCAUGGCUACAUAGAUGACAAUACUCAAGUAGCUAUCAAGCUGCUUUCGUCAUCAUCAAGUCAAGGGCUUGAACAAUUCCACGCAGAGGUUAAUCUUCUUAUGAGGGUUCAUCAUACAAAUUUGACUAGCCUUGUCGGAUAUUGUGAUGAUGAAAACAAAAAAGGACUCGUUUAUGAGUACAUGGCCAGGGGAAACUUACAAGAAUAUCUUUCAGAUAAGAGUUCAAAUGUCUUGACUUGGGACGGUAGACUUCAAGUAGCAACAGACGCUGCACAAGGAUUGGAGUAUCUACACUAUGGUUGUAAACCUCCUAUGAUCCAUAGGGAUGUGAAAACAACAAACAUCUUGCUAUCAGAAAAUUUCCAAGCCAAACUCUCUGAUUUCGGCCUCUCUAGAAAUUUCCCUGCAGGCGAUGGAACUCAUAUAGUUACAGGUGUUGCUGGAACCCCUGGCUACCUAGCACCCGAGUAUAAACAACUAAAUAGGUUCAAUGAGAAGAGUGACGUCUAUAGCUUUGGGAUUGUACUGCUGGAGAUUAUCACAGGUAGACCUGCUGUUUCGAGGACACGAGAGAGAAUUGCCAUCAAUGAAUGGGUUGGAUCAAUCAUUCCAAAAGGAGACAUUGACACCAUUGUGGAUCAGAGGUUAAAAGGAAUAUUCAAUGUCAGCUCUGCCUGGAAAGUAGUGGAAAUAGCAAUGGCAUGUGUCUCUCCAGAGACCAAUAAAAGGCCAACCAUGAGUAGAGUUGUUGGAGAACUGAAGCAGUGUCUGGAAACACAACUGUCUCAAAGAAACCAGGACAGCUAUGAAACUGAACUAGGGAAUUCCUUUCAGAUUGUGUCUCAUAACGGUUAUUCAAUCACUAUGCUACGUCCCUCAGUUAGAUAGCCGUUGUAGUAAUUAAUCUUAUGUAAAAUAAUGGGAAUUGGAAUUUGAUAUUUCAAACCUUCAGAUUAGCCCUUGUUAAAAUCCUUAGAUCUCUGUGUAAUAUUGAU